AUGAGCGGCGGCUCCAGUCAGAGGACCUUGUUCCAGACCUGGGGUUCGUCCGUCUCCCAAAACAGAACCGCCCAACCGGCCAAAGAGGCCAAACGAGCCGGUGAACGGCGCAGAACCACCGCAGGCAGCUCUGCUCAGGGAGCUGCCACACGUCCUCGGAACCCUCUGUGGACUGAGUUUGGUCAGGGGUCCACACGUGCUUCAGCAGGAAGCCCAGGGAGGACAGAGGAGCCUGAAGAUGAGGAUGAUGACCUCAUGGUGGUGGCUGUCUAUGAGGCUGAAAGGAGCCUCCAGCUGCAUAACUUUGUCCAGGAUGACAACCCAGCAGGAGCAGAAAGCAUCGCCCUCUCUCCUGUGCCUUCAGGUGGGCACACAUACCCAGACCUCCCAGGCUUCGACAGCUCCUCGGCUAAGGUGUGGAUCUACCCCACCAACUACCCCAUCAGGGAGUACCAGCUGAAGAUCUCAGAGGCCGCCCUGUUCCAGAACACACUGGUGUGCCUUCCCACUGGUCUGGGGAAAACCUUCAUCGCCUCUGUGGUGAUGUACAACUUCUACCGCUGGUAUCCAUCUGGGAAGAUCGUGUUCAUGGCUCCCACCAAGCCCCUGGUGGCCCAGCAGAUCGAGGCCUGUUUUAAGGUGAUGGGGAUCCCUCAGGCGCACAUGGCGGAGCUGACAGGCAGCACGGCAGCGAAGCAGAGACAAGAGCUGUGGAGGUCCAAGCGCGUCUUCUUCCUCACCCCUCAGGUGAUGGCCAACGAUCUGUCCAGAGACACGUGCCCGGCCCAGCAGGUCAAGUGUGUGGUGAUCGAUGAGGCCCACAAGGCGCUGGGCAACCAUGCUUACUGUCAGGUGAUCAGACAGCUCGGCAGCCAAACUCUGCAGUUCCGUGUCCUGGCUCUUAGCGCCACUCCAGGUGGAGACACAAAGUCGGUGCAGGCAGUGAUCUCCAAUCUGCUCAUCUCCCACAUCGAGCUGCGCUCAGAGGAGAGUCCGGACAUCCGGGCUCAUUCCCACCAGCGCAGCGUGGAGAAGGUGGUGGUUCCUCUGGGCGAGGCCCUCUCAGGACACCAGGCCUGUUACCUGCAGGCGGCGUGUCCUGCAGUGUGUGAGAGCUCAUCGUGUUACUGUGCUCCAGUAACUCAGCCCCAGUUCCUGCGGUGA